AUGUCCUCUUCCCUUGCGGCUAGCUUGGACCACGUAGUACAAGCGCUCCCUAACAAUAGUCUAUGUCAUGGCUCCCUUGCAACUCCUAGAACACCCAAAAGUCUUCCAAAGAUUCUACAAGAACAGACCUCCUUUAGCCAUCAGUGCAAUGACAGAGAAUCUCCAAAUGGACCCAUCCGAGGAAAGCGACAUGGAGCUUUUGUGUGCACAGAGAUAAAACCAGCGAGUGGUCGAUAGUUCCUGAGGGAACAGAAAUAUUCCUGAGUGCUAGAGGGUCAUGUUCACUAGAACAGCCAAAAACAGAGAAAGGAAACUCAGUGAAAAGCUGAAUGACCUCACCCAGUCUCUUCCUGCAGAAUUCCUAGGAGACACUAAGCUCUGAAAAUCACUUAUCAAAACCAGACGUCAGAGAAAUAGCCAAGGCAUACCCCAGAAUUCCUGUGAGAGGACACAAGAGUUCAGGCAUUUCUCAGACAACCGAAGUGGAUGUUAUCUGUCCUGCUGAGGAGCAGCCCUUUAUAUCC